CCACCUUCAUUGUUAACACGUCCCCAUCUUUUUUUUUUUUUUAUUGUAUAUUUUUUGCCCUUUUUAGUUCUCUUCUCUUGUUUGUUGCCAGUUACUCUCUCUUGAGAUCAAACUCGCCUUUGUUUUUCCUUUCUGUCUCUUUCUCUUCUUUUCUCUUGAUCCAUUUGUCUACGACGGACUGCCGUUUUUCUUCAAUCUUUUCAUCCUUAAAAUAUCUCUCUCAAAUGCAAUCUUAUUGAGGUUUUUUUAUAUCAUCAACCCAUACAAGAAAAAACCAAUCUUUCAAACACAUUUGAAGUGAUUUUUUGUUCAUUUCUUGCUUUUUUUUGGGGGGGGGGGGGGUGGGGAGUUGUUUUGGUUUUGUUUUCUUCGAGAAACUAAGGAAAAAAAAAACUGUGGGUUUGGAUAUCAAAAUCUGGAAAGUAUCCAAAAAACAUUGGUUUUACUUGGUUUGGUUUGGUUUUAAAGAUCAAGGGAAGAAAGCUAGAAAACAAAGGGAAAACAUGUUGGAUCUUAACGUUGAUAUUGUCUUAAGUGAGUCAUCUUGUGAUGAGAACAACAAGAUGUUAAUAAAUGGAGACAAGCUACCAGAAGCUGUAACAUUUACUCAAAUGGAAGAUUCAGGUUCGACUAACUCUUCCAUCAUCAACGAUGAAAACGUUCCAUCUAAUGCUGGGGACGAAAACUCUUCAAACAACGCUUCUGCAUUCAUUUUUGAUAUCUUAAAGAAAGAAACACAUGAUACCACCACCACCAACAAUGCUAAAAAGGUUGAAAACACUUCAACGGGCUUCGUUACGGAACAGCUCUUUCCGGUCACCAGAGAAAAAGGCAGUCUGGAGUUGGAGUUUGGAACAAGUUUUGGAACCCAGUCUUUGCUUAGGCCUCAGUGGUUGAAUUUAUCUUAUGCUGAGUCUAGUGGUGAGGCAGAACUGAAAACUGUUCAGAUGAAGCCUCAGCCAAGGAAGAGUAGACGGGGGCCAAGGUCCCGGAGUUCACAGUAUAGAGGUGUCACGUUUUACAAGAGAACAGGCCGAUGGGAAUCACAUAUAUGGGAUUGUGGGAAGCAAGUAUAUUUAGGAGGAUUUGAGACUGCCCAUGCUGCAGCCAGAGCAUAUGAUCGAGCUGCAAUCAAGUUCCGGGGAGUUGAUGCUGAUCUCAACUUCAGUUUGAGUGAUUAUGACGAAGACAGGAAACAGAUGAAGCACAUGAGUAAAGAAGAAUUUGUUCACAUUCUUCGUCGUCAAUGCGCUGGAUUCCCAAGGGGGAGCUCAAAGUACAGAGAGGUAACCUUGCAUAAAUGUGGUCGAUGGGAAGCACGAAUGGGUCAAUUCCUUGGAAAGAAGGCUUAUGACAAGGCUGCAAUGAAAUGUAAUGGAAGGGAAGCUGUAACCAACUUCGAGCCAAGUACUUAUGAAGGGGAGAUUACAAAUAGUGGAGGAGGCAAUCGUCACAAUCUUGAUUUGAGCCUUGGGAUUUCAGCUCCUUCAGUCGCCCAAAAUGGGAGCAACAAUGCAGGGGAGUUCCAUUUUCAUCAAGCUGCUGCUAGUGCCGGACAGAGAUCAGUGUUUGAGAGAUCUGCUUCUACACCUGUUGGUGUACAACCUCAACAUUGUCUAACAAUAGCAUCAAAGCACCCUCACAUAUUGUCUGGUGUUUGUCCUGCUCUUUUACCAAACAGUAAGGAACGGGCUAUGGAGAAGAGGGUUGAAGCUGUUUCUUCGACAAGAUUUUCGGACUGGCCAUGGCAAAUGCAAGGCAAUGGCAACAUUACCCCAACCCCAGUGUUUCCUAUCGCAGCAUCAUCAGGAUUCGCUCCAUCCAGUGCCACUGCUUCAUCAACUACUUUCCCUUUCAACAAUUCGGUCCGAAACAUCUGCCUUCCGAUGCCGGUCACAUCCACCAAUAACAAUUCUCGUUACUAUAGUUACAGAAGCUGAAAUCAAAGACCUCUUGAACCGCGACAAAACCUUCAUUAUGCUCAUUAGAGAAGUUAGGUGAGCAUAAAAGCUGUAACAAUUGGAAGAGUAGUCUGUAGAGCUUGCAUUUGUUACAAGUUUGUAAAAGAAUAUCAGGAAUUUGUUAAUGUUGCAAUACUCAAGAACCUGCUUUCAUAACAUUUUUGUUAGUCUAAUCCUCUGCAAGACCUCGUGCAAUUAUAUAGAAUCACUUGGUUCUUACCAUCUAACAUUGCAAACAACAUAGUCUUACGGGGUUAGUGUCACGAUUCCAGAGGGAAGCCUUUAAUCCUUGGUUGUGUACUAGAGUUCGUUUGGAUAUUUUAUUACCUUUUGUAAAACAGAACCGAAGGGUUCAAUGGGAUGAAAUGAAUAAUAUUUUGCAUGUUGGUGUAGAUUGUUACAGUUAAUUUAGUUGGACCAAAUUCGAGUAUCCAUAUUCAUCAGGGACUUGGAUUAGUACCCAGCUUAAGC